GCUAUUUGCAUGAAGUGUUUUCUAGCUGCAGCUCCAACUCGCCUGCAGAACGAGUCUCUCCGAGGGGAAAGCGAGGGAAGAGGCGCAGUGCAAACAGGGGGAGGCGGGGGGCUCUUGUGUUUCACAUCAGAGGAGCAGCAGGAAAAAGCGGCCCGAAAGCGAGGAUAAGGUGUCGGAUAGCCAAAAGCAGUGGGAACAAACAGAAGAGCCACUACUCUCGUGUCGGAAAAUGGAGCUACCCGCCGCGGGAGAGCACGUCUUUGCGGUGGAGAGCAUCGAGAAGAAGCGCAGCAGAAAGGGGAGGUUUGAGUACCUGGUCAAGUGGCGAGGAUGGUCUCCAAAGUACAACACGUGGGAACCUGAGGAAAACAUCCUGGACCCAAGACUGCUUGAUGCUUUCCAAGACAGGGAACGCCAAGAGCAGCUGAUGGGAUAUCGCAAGAGAGGACCCAAGCCCAAGCACCUGCUGGUUCAGGUUCCUUCUUUUGCCCGGAGAUCCAGUAUUCUGGCUGACCUCCAUGAGGCGUCCCUGGAUGAGGACAGCUGUCAGAAGACCAGCCCCAUUCAGAUGCUCCGUCCCCAGGGCCAGCAGUACCAGCUCAACAGCAAGAAGCACCACCAGUACCAGCCGCUGUGCAAGGAGCGUGAGGCUGAGCAGCAGGCCAACGGCAAGAAGUUCUACUAUCAGCUCAACAGCAAGAAGCACCACCACUACCAGCCGGACCUCAAGGGGCAUGAGCCUGUAUUUGCUAAGCCCCGAGAGGUCAAAGCUCCAGAGCUAGCUAACAAGGGGUACAAUCUUCCCCCAGUGCUGCAGCAAAAGUGGGUCCGGGACAAGGACUCAGGCUGUCUGACCAAAGUCAAGGACAUCACCAUGGAGCUGAAGAAGCUUCCAGCAGACCUCAAUGGCCACAAAGAGCCGGAGAAGGUAAAACCUAAAGAGGAUGCUUCACCGCAGUCCAAUGGUGUCAGCAACAGCAAGCUAAAGAUUGUUAAGAACAAAAACAAGAACGGGCGGAUUGUUAUUGUCAUGAGCAAGUACAUGGAAAAUGGAAUGCAGGCAGCUAAGAUUAAAAACGGCAAUUCUGCUGAAAAGCCGCUGCAAGGAACUGACAACAGCACGGAGAACCAUCUCGAGAAGAUGAAACUGGUCAAGAAGCUCGGCCUCAUGAAUGGAUUUGCAAAAAACUCUAAAGACAAACCAACUUUUCACAGCUCUGGAUUUAAUGGAGAUUGCCCCACAGAAAAGGAACAGUCCCCUAAAACGGAGCCAACUGUGACGGAACAGGAUAAACAUGUCGAGGUCAGGGGUCAGGGGCAGCUUUCAGUGGAUCAGCCUUUACAAUUGACAACCAAGACUAAUCUGCUCUCCCGGCCUUUGGAUAGGGGAGGUCCCUCCCCGCUGGACCAAAGAGGAAGCCAAGGUGGAUUUCAAGGACUAAAGCGACACCUUUCUGACACAGACAACGAGGAGCACGGGAGUAGUAAGAGGUUUUUGAGCUCCAGGAGUAUCAGCACUCCCAACACGAUAUCUUCGCCUGCCCAAAGCAUCAGCAUCGACCAAAACGGACACCAGAGUCACACUGGACUGCAGGACUGUGGGUAUGCAGACCAAGAGGAACCUAUUGACUUGAGCAUUGUCAAGUCCAGGCCUAAAGCUACCCAGCCUGAAACACACACACAAGCUCAAACUGUAACACAAGCUGAAGCACACACACAGGAUGAAACACAAAUGGACGUACAGACAGAAAGACACGCUGAAACACAAAAAACUACAGAGGAGGAGAAAGUCAGUUCAGUUUCUGUUUCUAACCAUGAAAAGAGGAAAGAGGAGACGUUUCCCUCUUUCCAGCCUUUCCUUGGGAAUAUAGUAAUCACAGACAUUACUACAAACUGCCUCACCGUCACCUUCAAGGAAUACAUAACAGUGUAAUUGGACUGGGCACCAACUGUGUAACUGUAAAAAUGUACAUUAGAAAUAUUUGUAUUUUCGGAUGCUUGAAUGUACAAAUGGACCCUUGAUGUUGUUUUCAUUUUGUAUAGUUCAGAUUUUUUUUUUAAAAAAAAGAUCCUUUAUUGCGUUAUUUGCAUAUUUCUUCUUAUAAGCUCUCUGUUGUUAUUGCUGGAGAUUUUAUCACAUGCAGUAUCUCUUUUUUUUCAGCUACUUCAAACUUAGUUUAAAAAGCCAAAUUGGGUCAAAUAAAUGUUUGAAGAUGCACUUAACUCUUGUAAAUACUCUUCACUUUUCUAUGGAUGUAAUUUGAUGAUACACUCGACUGUCUGCAUCUGAGAUAAUGUUAAAGAAAUGUAGGCUAUAUGGAGAAUUUUGUAAGGAGAAAAAAUAUAUUCAAUCAUGGUAAAUUACACUGUGUGUGUGUGUGUGUGUGUGUGUGUGUGUGUGUGAGCAGAUGGACAGAUUUAAACAGGGAUGCAUGCUGCUUGGACAGAUAAUGCCAUUAGGCAUGCUUAAACAAGCGGAUAAAGAAAAAUGAAGCGCCUUUCUGUCAAUAUAUGUGAUUUGCAUUGUUGAAAGAGGAAAUGGUUUUUAAAUGAAAAUUAUUAAUGGUUCAUGUUUGAUAUAUAUAUUCUCCUUUGAUUUGAUGUCUGUUCAAUGGUAAGGUGUUUUUCAAGUCAUACAUCUUGAGAUCUGAUACUGAGCACAAGUCACUUCCAUUAAGACAGCAGAUAAACAGCCCUGUGACUAUUUAUUUGAGGUUUUGCAGCAGUGCAGUGACUAAAAUUUGCUUUUUUUUCACUUAAGUUAUAUAUGUCACAAAUCUGUCUUAACACUGCCAGUUGAGCUGUGUCAUACAACAGAAUAGUACCACCUGGUAGGUCUGUGGCCCCAUUCUCUGGCUCCCUGACAUGUCCUGAGUAACGUUAUGUAAGGGAUUGAAUGGACUUGUCUUUUGAGUAACUUUUGCAACAACUCGGUUAUUAAAAGUCUGUAAAAGCACACAUUCUUGUCAUAAUCAGAUCUGUUCCCUUGUGUCAUACAUGCCCCCCUGCCCCCCCCCUUUUUUUUUUAAAUCCCCUCCAGCACUAUGUGAUCUGAACUGCUCUGUGAGAUCAGAUGCACUUUUGCUGUUUUGUGUGCAGACUAAAAAAUGAAGGCUU